ACCCACCCUAAAACCCCACCAUUAAAAACCCUGCUUUGAAAUUUUAAAGCUCCAAUUUUUAUCUUCUUUAUUCAAGAUUUGCAAAGUAGAAGCCCUCAUAAGAACCCUAAAUAGCUUGGUUUGUGUAAAGAUUGCUCUUUUCUUUCAAGAAAUGAAGAUGGGUGGUCUAAAAUGGAUCUUUACAGCACUUAUUGGAGCAGCCCUUUUCUCCAUUUCUUCUCUUGCUCUUACACAAGAUGGUAUCACGUUACUGGAUUUGAAAAGCACACUAAAUGACAGUAAUAAUUUUCUUAGCAACUGGAAAAUUACUGAUGAAUCUCCUUGUGGGUGGACUGGUAUUUCUUGCUAUCCCAACAGCCAAACAGUUCGCAUGAUAAAUUUGCCUUAUAUGCAGCUUGGAGGAUUCAUAUCUCCAGUCAUUGCCAAAUUAAACAGACUUCAGAGGCUGGCACUGCACCAAAACAGCUUACAUGGUCUCAUUCCUAAAGAAAUUGCGAAAUGUUCAGAACUUCGAGCCCUGUAUUUGAGGGGUAAUUAUCUCCAAGGAAGCAUUCCGGCAGAUCUUGGAAACCUUUCAUCCCUUACCAUUUUAGAUUUAUCAAGCAAUUCACUUAAUGGUGCAAUACCUUCAUCUCUUGGCCAUCUCACACGUCUUCGAAGUCUGAAUCUAUCUACAAACUUCUUUUCGGGUGAAAUUCCAGAUGUUGGAGUUCUGAGCAAGUUCAGAAACACUUCGUUUAUCGGCAAUUUAGAUCUCUGUGGACGACAAGUAAACAAGCCAUGUCACACUUCAUUGGGUUUCCCUGUGGUGUUGCCGCAUGCUGAGAGUGAUGAAGUUGCUGCAGUUCCUAGUAAGGGAUCAUCUCAUUAUGUCAAAGGAGCUCUGAUUGGAGUAAUGUCAGCAGUGAGUGUUGCUCUUCUUGUGCUGCUUGUUUUCCUUUGGGUUCGAUUACUAUCCAAGAAGGAGAGGGAUGCCAAAAAAUACAAAGAAGUUUAUAAACAGACUCGCAAGGAGACAGGCACCAAGCUUAUUACCUUCCACGGCGAUCUUCCAUAUCCUUCUUGUGAAAUUAUAGAAAAGCUUGAAUCUCUAACAGAAGAAGAUGUUGUCGGAUCUGGAGGAUAUGGCACUGUCUAUCGGAUGGUUAUGAAUGAUUGUGGGGUAUUUGCUGUCAAAAAAAUUGAUCAAAAUCGUGAAGGUUGUGACCGUGAUUUUGAGAGGGAAUUGGAGAUCUUAGGUAGUGUGAAACACAUGAAUCUAGUCAAUCUUAGAGGUUAUUGCAGGCUCCCUAUUGCAAAGCUUUUCAUCUAUGACUACAUGGCAAUGGGAAGCUUAGACGAGAUCUUGCACGAACAUGGUGAAGACCGAUCCUUGAAUUGGAAUGCUCGUUUACGUAUAGCCCUCGGUUCUGCUCGAGGCUUGGCAUACUUGCACCAUGAUUGUUUUCCAAAAAUAAUCCAUCGUGACAUUAAGUCAAGUAACAUACUCCUUGAUGAUAAUCUAGAGCCUCGUGUUUCAGACUUUGGGCUUGCCAAACUUUUAGUUGAUGAAAGCUCUCAUGCCACUACUGUAGUUGCUGGUACUUUUGGGUAUUUGGCCCCAGAGUAUCUGCAAAGUGGAAUGGUAACCGAGAAGUCUGAUGUUUAUAGCUUUGGAGUUCUCUUGUUAGAGCUUGUAACCGGAAGGAGACCUACUGACCCAACAUUUGUAAAGCAAGGCCUAAACGUUGUUGGCUGGAUGAAUGUCCUGGUCAGAGAAAAUAGAGUGGAAGACAUAGUAGACAAACGGUGCAUGGAUGCAGAUGUAGAAACUGUAGAAGCAAUCCUGGAAGUCGCUGCUAGGUGUACGGAUGCAGACCCUGAUGAACGACCCACAAUGGAACAAGUGCUACAGUUGCUAGAGCAGGAGGUCAUGUCUUCUUGCCCAAGUGAAUUUUUCGAGUCCCUCUCAGACUAUCCCUGAUUUACAAAAUGAUGUUAUCGGUGCAAAUGUGGUAUGAUGUUGAUGUGCUUGUCUGGUAGUUAUGGCUACCUGUAAAUUAUACUGUAGUUUUAGAACUUUGAGUUUGCAUGAUCUUGCACAAUUUUCUUCA